GAGAGAGAGAGAUGGAGGGGAGAGCGAGGGGUCUCCUGCCGUUUGUGGGGAUGAUAAUGGUGGUUCUGGCUCAAUCGAGCAACGUGGUGGUGAUGAAAAUGGCCAUGUCCGAUGGGAUCAACAAGUGCACCAUGGUCUUUUACAGCAACGCCCUCUCCUCUCUCGUCCUCCUUCCUUGUCCCUUCAUCAUCUCUCGCAGGUCAGGGUCGUGUCCUCCUCUCACUUUCGCUGUACUUGGCAAGAUCUUCUUGCUCGCUCUGGUUGGAUUCGGAUCACAGAUGUGCGGGUAUGUCGGCAUCGAUUACAGCUCCCCUGUUCUGGGCACUGCCAUGAUGAACCUCAUCCCAGCUUUCACUUUCAUUCUCGCCAUGUUUUCGAGGAUGGAGAAAGUGAAUUGGAAAAGCUCAAGCAGCCAAGCUAAGCUUGUGGGAACCAUCGCGUCAAUUCUUGGUGCAUUUGCAGCCACUCUCUACAACGGUCCACCGAUUCUCCACUUGCCUUCUGCUCCUCCUUCUGUCCAACCUCGUCGCCUUCUUUUUCUUCUCUCGCAGCAAUCGAAUUGGAUUCUUGGCGGGUUUCUCGUCGCGGCUGAAGCUUUCUUGAUAUCAUUAUGGUACAUUAUACAGGCAUUUAUCCUCAAAGAUUAUUCUGUGGUGCUGAACAUGAUGUUCUAUGUAAUGUUCUUUUUGACAAUUCUUUCCAGGCUAUUGUCCUUCGUUAUGGUGAGAGAACCACAGUCAUGGAUUCUGAAAGUGGACGUGGGUUUGAUCGCUAUUUUAUACUCGGCUUUGGUUUCUGGUGUCUUCAGAGUCACAUUGAGUACAUGGUGCCUCGAGAGAACUGGACCUGUUUUUGUCUCCAUGUUCCAACUUUUGGGAAUUGCAUUUGCUGUAGGAUUGGGGUUCAUAUUUCUCGGCGAAACGUUAUACCUUGGAAGUUUGAUCGGACCGAUUGUGAUUGUGAUGGGAUUCUUCGCGGUAGUGUGGGGAAAGUCCAAAGAGGAAGAGAAGACAAUCGAGGGGAGUGGGGUUGGGGGGAGCUUGGCAUCCUCCAGCCACAAGAUUCCUCUGCUCCAAAACACAGCUUCAAGUGUGUGGAUAUCUGUACAUGUUCAUAGAGACACUACCCUUUUGUCCUUUGGUAUGAACUCUAAUUGAGUAUUUCAACGGGCCGAUCUU